GUCCCAGGCAACAGUGCCCGAGCGAAGCAGUGCGUGCUGGAACAUCGGCGUUCCCACACCAUAUCACCCCCACCCACCCCGAGCAGACACACGGGCCAGUGGACAGACAGACGGACAGGGACGGACAAGCAUCGCGGACUCCCGUCCGAAGGAGUGCGCCCCGAAUUCAAGUGAGUGAGUGUGGUGUGCAGUGGAGCCGCGGACUCCAAAAAAGGCAGCGAAAGUGCAGCAGAGUAAGAAGAAGAAGAAGAAGAAGGGGGGCUGAUGCAGCAAGGAUGUAUGUGCAGUGGUGAUGUAUUGCGUGUGUGCGUGUGUCGUUUCUGUUUGGAGUGUGAGCUUGGUAAUUGUUUCUAGCGCCGAGGCACCAGUGAGAGAGUGUGUCCGUUGAUCUCGGAACAGUGCCCGUCCGGUUUCUUGCUGAUGGGGUCCGAUCGACCCGUAACCCACCACAGACUGUACCCCCGUUGCGAUGUACUAAGGCGCUGCCUGAGUGUAUGUUAAGCGGUGUCGCUGUUACAGGGGCGCCCAAGUGCGAUCGCGGGCAGGACGAUCCAGUGUACCGAGCAAAGCUUGUUUCAAAGCAGUGUGUAGUUGUACAUAACAUGUGCGUGUGUUAGUGAGUGUGUGCAUGUGUCCGUGUGUGUAUACAUGUGAAACUUUAGCAGUGUGCCACCCAACAAACUCCCCAAAAACGGAUCCUUUUUGGACGAACGAAAAACAGAGACGAACCCCAGUGAGCAAGAUUCCUGAGCAAGGCGCGCGGUACCAGCGACGGGGAUCACCAUUCCGGUACCGGCCACCGCCGGUAGCGUUGUGCAGCGACCGACCGCGUUCAGGCACGGGCGGUGCCGGUCGGUGUGGCCAGCCCGGGCCCGACCAGCCGACACGAUAAGCACCGAUAAGCAGCAGACGGCGGUGCGCAGACGCAGGCGACGCAAGAAAGCGCAAACACCGUAGGCCGAAGGGGGUUUCGGGGCACGCGAUGGGCCACGCACGGUGGCGCUACCGUGCACCGUCAUCGAGCCCCCGCCGGCCCCAGGAAAGGCGACAGGCUCGGCUGAGCGCAACGGUCCGGUUCGGCCCGCUGCCCGAGUAGCGGUGCUGACCCCUCCCCGUGUGUGUGUGUGUGUGUGUGUGUGUGUGUGCUGGUGGCGGAGAUUGUGUUACCACGGUACCCGCAGUACCCGCCUGGGGAGCCUGGGUGACCGACCCCGGGAUCCACCGUGCGGCCGAGCAGACAAAAGCUUCCGCGCUGCUCGAGCUCGAGCGAUCGACGCCAAACGCGAAAGACAAUGGAGGCGUAACCUAAUCGGGCCAACGAGUGAAAUCGAAAGUGUUUUUCUUUGUGUGUAUGAGUGUGUGCGUGUGUGCGGGUGUGUGUGUGUGUGCGCGCUCGAUGUGCAUUAGAAGUAAGGAACAGCACCGAACCGGGCCCUCGGUUAUAUCGCCAAAUUGUAUAAGUGUGUGUGUGUGUGUGUAUGUGUGUUAGGUGUGCGUGUGUGUUUGUUCGCGUUUUUAAAUGUCGUUUGCUAUAAGUAACUGUAACAGUAAGACACACACUGCUGAACCACAGUACACCGCGGCUAGCCCACCACUAGGGCCAAUUAACAAAUCACACAAACACACACAAUAAAUAUAUAAAUAUACAUAUAUACACACACUCUGUCGCAGCCACAAGCGUCACAUUCUACAAAAGGCUCGUUAGCGCAGCGCCUCUCAGUCAGGCAGCGUGCGCCGAGCAGCAGUUUCGGAUAAAAACGGGUAAAAUUUUGUGUCUCCAGAGCGCCAAGCCGUAGAGUUCGCUCACCUGAAUCCACGUACCACUCCUUCCUGCCCGCGACCUCAGCACGAUCCUCGUGGACUGUUUCUCACACCGCAACCGACACCGACGUCAAGCAAUAUAGCCAGCCAGGCGAAACAAAGUAACAAAAUACACACUCAUACACACACACGGCCACACGCGACGAUCGAACGCAAGCACUCACUCACCUGCCGUGAGUGUUCCAAGCGAAGUCGGUUUGUCGCCUAACGCGUUGCGGGGGUUCGUGUUCGUGUCAUCCGUAGUGGUACGUGAAUGGGUGUGUGUGUGUGUGAGCGCGCGCGAGUAAAAAAAAGGUAGAGGAGUGUUCGCUCUAGCUAGGCAAGCGUUUGUGAAUUUUUGUAAGUAAGUGCUGCAACUGCUCGAAUCGAGGGGCCCGAAACUACCGGAACCUCGCUAAGCCCGUCAUGCUAGAGAUAUUCGUGCAACAAUUGCAGCAGCAGCAGCAGCAGCAGUGUGUGUAUUUAGCGUACUCGAUAGGAGUGACACAGUAGAGUAACCAAAGAGGGAAAGACAGCAGAGGGAGCGAACAAACGAACGAAUCGAAUCCCAUCAUCGUUCGACCGAAGGGAGAGUGCAGAGCCGGCAACCCGACACACCGAGCCUUUUUGCGAGGGGGUGCGAAUGUGCGGCGGGCGGAGGGCACCGUAGCGAUUAUGGAUUUCGUCUCGUCGCCGCCGGGCAACAUCACGCAGGAGGACUUCCUCGCGAUCGUGGGAGCGAACGGCACUGUCGGCGGUGGCCCAACCAUGUUUAACGAUUCCCUGGCGGCGGCGGCGGCUGCGGCAGCUGCCGCAGCAGCAGCCGGUGGUGUGGCCGGGCCCGGCGGUACCGCCGCCGGUGUCGGGCCGGGCGAGAACCUCACCAUCCUGCACGGUGCGUACCCGAGCGGGUACACGCUGCCCCACAUCAUCAUCGCCUCAAUCAUCGUGACAAUACUUAUGAUCGUCAUCGUCGUCGGCAACAUGCUCGUCAUCAUUGCGAUCGCGACCGAGAAGACGCUGAAAAACAUCCAGAACUGGUUCAUCGCGUCGCUCGCGGUCGCCGACUUCUUUCUCGGUCUCGUGAUCAUGCCGUUCUCGCUCGCGAACGAGCUGAUGGGGUACUGGAUCUUUGGCAACUGGUGGUGCGAUGUCCACUCCGCGAUGGACGUGCUGCUGUGCACCUCCUCCAUCAUGAACUUGUGCCUGAUCUCGCUCGACCGGUACUGGAGCAUCACCAAGGCGAUCGAGUAUCUCAAGUCGCGGACGCCGGCCCGGGCCGCGUUCAUGAUUGCCGCCGUCUGGAUCAUGUCCGCGCUCGUCUGCAUACCGCCGCUGCUCGGGUGGAAGGCACAGCGGCCGGAAGGGCACGUGGAGCUGCCCCAGUGUCAGCUGAGCCAAGACAUCGGGUACGUGCUGUACUCGGCGCUCGGAUCGUUCUACAUUCCGAGCUGCAUCAUGGUGUUCGUCUACAUCCGGAUCUACUUUGCGGCGAAGGCCCGGGCCCGGCGCGGUAUACGCAAGAAGCCGCUCAAACCACCGAGCGAGCAGGAUACGAGUUUUACGCGGAAUGCCGGUACCGUGCCGAUGCCCUCGCUACCCAGUGCCUCUAGCAAUAACAAUCAGUCGGCGGCGGCCCAUCAUCAGCAGCACCCGGUGCAGCUUUCCAGCGGGGCGCAGGGCGGUGGCAGCACGCAGAUCGCCACGAUCGAGCCGCCGCCGCGCGGCACCCCGAUGCCGAUCCCGGUCGUGACGUGCGAUUUCGCGUCGGACAUGUCGACGAGCGAGGCGGCCACGGCCGAGCAGGACCAGCACGGCCCAAUCUCCCCCGUCGCGCUCGAGCCGAAGGACACGCUCAAGGUGACGCAGCCGGCGCAGCAGGGCCGGAGCACGAACGGCAUCACGGCGGCGGGGGCGGCCACCGAACCGGUCGCCUCGCCGUCGUCGGCGGCUGCCCGCAGCCGGGCGCUGUCGGUCGGCAUCGACACCGACAUGGUGAGCGAGUUCGACCCGUCCAGCUCGGACUCGGGCGUGAUCAGCCGCUGUGCGGUGGUGAAGCCGCUCAAGUUCCGCCUCUGCCAGCCCAUCUUCGGCAAGGGCAAGGCGAAGGCGCGGCAGGCGAACGCGAAGGCCGCCGGCCACGGCGGGGCGCACGCGGGGCGGGGCAACGCGCCCAACUGCACGCAGCCGAUGCUGGCGGCGCCGGGCGGCCAGCAGGCGAUCUCGCAGCUGAUCGCGGCCAAGCAGACGGACAGCGCGUGCAGCGAGCUGGAGCCGGCCCUGCCCCCGAAACCGAAGCCGCGCGAUCCGGAAAAGGAGAAGCGCCGGAUCGCGCGCAAGAAGGAGAAGCGGGCGACGCUCAUACUCGGGCUGAUCAUGGGCAGCUUCAUCGCCUGCUGGCUGCCGUUCUUCUUCCUCUACAUCCUGGUGCCGGUCUGCCCGGACUGCCACAUCCCGGACAGUGCGUUCUCGCUCGCGUUCUGGCUCGGCUACAUGAACUCCGCGCUCAAUCCGGCCAUCUACACCAUCUUCAACAAGGACUUUCGGCGCGCGUUCCGCCGCAUCCUGUUCAAGUGAUGUUUAGCGUACGUGUGCUGCUAUCGCUGCGUCUCCCGUAGCAUCGAGAAGGCUACGGAGCGGGCCAUUGGCGGCGCACAGCUCGGCGGCGGCUACCGGACCGGCGGCUACCGGCGAUGAUAAUACGCGCCGCUAGGUGGCGCACCCGCACCGCUGUUCCUACUACCAUCACCACCAUCAUCAUCACCACCACCACCACCGCCAGCGUACCGCGAGCCGGCCGGCACCAUCGUGCUGCUCGUCCUGGUGGCCGCCAUCGCCGUCGCCACCAUCGGGCCGUGCUGGAGGAGGCCGUGGAUGGUGCCGCGGGGGACACCAGCGCUCAAAGGGUAUGCAAUGCCGCCCAUCUUUCGGUAACACCAAUGCGAACAAGAAGAGAGCAAUAGAUGUAGAGAGAGAGAGAGAGAAAGAGAGAACACGAGAGAUUAAAAAUGUAAAGCAAAAAAUAACACAAAAACACUCACACACACACACAUAUUUACUACAUCUUCGAGUCAUCUUUGUACACUCUCACAAAACACGCACACACACAUGCAGCUGUGUGCGUAUCAGAAUGAUUUGAGUGUAGUGUUUAGCAGUACUUUUCCCCACCAAUUACUCUCCCACCAAGCGUAAACCAAGGCGAACGGACGUGCGAGUGAAACGAGAAAAAAAGGCAGCAGAAGCAGAAACUACGAAAUUAAAUACUACGGCAGAGGGAGAUGAGGCGAAACAAACAGCAGAUGAUCAAAGCAGACGGCACGGAGAAGCUAUCCGGCAAUACACUUAAACAAUUAUUCGCACGAAGCUGUGCACUUAUCUGCAAACCAAACCGUAGUGUGCGUAGCGUACUACCACUAUAUAUCUAACUAAAAAAAAAUGCAACGGACGGACAGUUGGGCACUAAACAAGUAAAGAGAAAACUGAGUUACGGGCAGGGCGGCAAAGGAAAAGCAAACCAAAUCGCCCCCCAAAGCAGGUGGUACUAUGAAUAGGAAAAAACUUAAAUAGCAUUAAGACAGUGGGGUUUCUGCACAGCAUAACACAGAGGGAAGGGACACAAGCGCAAAGCGAGGUGCACACAAUGCACCACCUUCCUUCCUGGAGCAACCGCCACGUGUACAUAGUGCAGGAGAACAGGCGGGAUAACAAGAGCGAGCCGAACCAAAGCCCAGCAAUCCAGAAAUCAAAAAUCAAACCUCUUCUCACAGUGUGGCGCUCGGCAGCUGAGGUGAUUAGUAGACUGGGAGUGGUCGUUUGCUUCGCUCUCCGCGUCUUAAGCUCGGCGGCCGGUUGGGGCUUGCUGGCGGAACACGAAACCAGGUGACUAGUGGGUCUGGGACUUAGCUAACUAAUUUCAACCUAGUAAUUAUCAACACACGUGCGGGCAGCGUAGAAAUGUAUGGGUGAUACGAAAUUGCUGAAGUUGCGCCGCGUAGAAAUAUUUAGCAAAAAAAAAGAACCCCACAUAAAGCGAUGCAUUCGCCGGCUACACCAUUUGCAUUCAGAUUCGGGGGAAAGUUGGGCGAGCGAAGGGGCAACAGGGAUGGGCAGGCAAAUUGGUUUUAAACACCGUCAAACAAAUGCUAUUAGUUUAUUUGUGUUUAAAUAGCACACACACUCACACAAACGCCAAUAUUUCACUGUAUUUUGUUCUUUUUAGAACCGAAACCUGGGAAGCGGAUCCGUGAGCAAUGCAAAUAUAAUGAAAAUUGCAAAAAACAUUUAAUGAAAAAAACCUGUGCACGCAAAUUUUAAUUAUGGACUCUAAAUCGCUCCCGCUCAAUGCGAUGAGUGCAAAUCCAAUUUAUUUCUCGACGAUUCCUUUUUGCGAAAAAUGUUACCACCAUUGCCGCCAUGACCACCACCACCAAUAGAGCUGGAUGCAAUUGGGGAAAGCUGCGCGAAGCGGCAGCGCAAGGGGUAAGAAUGUACUUAAAGGAAGGUGAAACGAGGAAGCAAACAAAACAAAAACUUGUAAAAAUCAAUGACUAAUAGUUGGUAAAUACCGGUAUUAAACAGGGGGGGUUGGGGGAGCGGAGAUAGCACCUGCGGUGGCGGGGACCGCUUCCGGGCCCCGCCGCGCGUCCAAGUGCGCAGCUGCCAACCCCCUUCGAUCGAACGUGAUGCGUCCGAUUCCUGUGUUUUUGUACAUAGCGGAAGUGGCCAGACAGAUUGAGGGAAACACACACACACAGCAUAUUGCAAACCCAACAAGGCAGAGAACAAGAAAAUGCACAUACAAACACACUCACUCACACACACACCCACACAUGCGUACAGUAAAGCGAGUAGGGCAGUGUGCGUGGUCGUUUCUCGAGGGUAAAGGAUGUUGCGUUAAGUUGUUUUAUAAAAACAAGCACGCCACGUGUGUCCUUGCCUGAGACGAUUCCGAUGCGCGACCAUGGAAGGGAAGGAAAUGGAACAUGGAAAAGUUCGGGGGGGGGAGGGUUGUUUUGGGGUACGGAGGACUGGCGAGGAUUGAGGGAGGCAGAGAGCGUGGCUUAAGACACGAAACUCACCCACUCUCACCCACAAGCAAUAACACUGUACUGGAGUACGGUCUCUUUACUGAUGCUUCCUUCUCAACCCGCCAUCCCCUUGUCCAGCACCCCUCACCCCUCUCAUGAGGCGAUUUUUUUUCUCUCUGUAAAUACACACUAUCAUAAACUUCAAACUUCGCGCCCCAGUAAACAGACGGCUUGAUGCGCUAAUCGCAAGGCGCAUGCUUGCAACGUUCAGGCUUAUUCUAGCUCUUUUGCUCGAUUUGAGUCGAGUCGAGAAAUUUGAAGCGAUUGCUCUUUAAUAUUUGCUUGUUGUUUUAGCAGUCUAGAUAUGGGGAAAUCAUUCGAAACGGGCAGCCGUAACUGCAAAAGGCGUCAAAUUGCCAGACCAACUCUCCGAGAUGACUUUUACUUCCAGAAAGCUUGUUUGAGCAAAAGUUUUCACCCAUCCUGUCAAAAAAUGAUACUCAAAUUUGGUUAUAAAAAAUAUGCUAUGAGACCACCUGGACU